AUGGGCUGCUCUUCUAGCGCGAGCCCGGUACACGACGACUUGGAAGACACCAGCCUCACCCGUGUCAUCUUCACGGAUGCCGCUGGACGAAAGUUCGUCGAGCAUUCCGCUCCAUUCAAGGAAGGACUUCGCCGCUUCAGUUCCAUGCGCAUCAGCGACGGAGAUGCUAGUGCUAUUGGAAUUAAGGUCCCGCUUGCAAGUACCCAUAACCGCCAUGUGAGGGAGCAGCUUGCAUGCAACAUCAGCAAGUGUGUCGAGUCGGAAUCAAAAUUCCUCGGGACCGUUUUCCAUGUCUUGCUGUGA